AUCGGCUUCAACAACCCCUGGCUCGCCUGGGUUCAUGAAGAAUCCUUGCAACCAGAACUUUACACUAGCGCCCAUAGUUAUGCGUAUGUGUAGGUAUACUUAGUAAGUAACAUACGCUAUACUACAAUUGUCAACUAUACUCUACACUACUAUACUUCGUGGUGGGUUCGAGGAAGCAGAUCCCAGCCAGCAAAGGUUAAGAACCCCCAGUGUGUAUUUGCUCUUCACUUUAGCGUCUUGGUUGAGUGCAUAACGGGGAUUUGGCAUAAAGCCUUGGGACGGAAAGACCACAAUAUAUUUCUUGGUCCCUCCCUCCCCUGUGGAGGACUGGGUCCUGAUCUGUUGCGGGUUCUACUCUUUUAAUGUCCAAGAUCUCGCUGUUCGUGGCAGAAAUCGUUCUAACGCAGGAGCCACAUCGAUGACCUGUUCACCCCAGCAAGGAUAUCCAACGAGGACGACCGACUAGCAACAAUGGGAUCAUAUUUCGGAGUCGUGCUGAAUGCCGCCAAUUGGUCGUUGACAGCCCUGGCGGCUGUAUUCUUGAGUUUGAGACUAUACUGCAAGCUCAGCCGAAGUCGAGGUCUUUGGUGGGAUGACUAUAUCUUGAUAGGAUCAUUUGUCACUCUGCUCAUUGGUGUCGCCUUCAUCACAAGCAGUAUUAUGCUCGGAUUUGCCAACCCGGACGUAACCCCUUCGCCAGCAGCUGCAAGGCAAUUGCAAAUUCACGGAGGCGUUCAAAACGUCCUGUUCUCUCUGGCGAGCGAUUUCAGCAAAACUUCGUUUGGGUUUACACUUAUUCGAGUGACUGAAGGACGUAUGAAACAGCUCGUCAUACUUUUGAUCAUCCUCUUGAACAUCGUCUAUUUCUUCACAAUUAUCUUUACAUUCUUCAAAUGUUCGCCAGCCAUAUAUUCGUGGCUUCCAAAGGAAACCUGUUGGGAUAUCUGGAAAUAUGUCAAAUUUGCGAUCUUCGGCGGUUCCUUCUCCGCCGCAGUCGAUUUCGCCUUCGCCCUUGUUCCAUGGUUCCUUGUCAGGAAUUUGAAUAUGAAAAAGACUGAGAAGCUUGGCGUGGCCAUCGCUAUGAGUUUUGGUACCAUAGCUGGCAUUACCGCCCUGAUCAGAACUAUAUUCCUACCCUCCCUAGCGUCUAGCACCUUUUCGACCAAAGCAACAACCCUUGUUAUCUGGUAUGUGGCUGAGCCCGCUACGACGAUUAUCGCCGCUUCAAUUCCUGUCUUGCGUGCUCUUAUCAAAGAACUCCACACGUCGGGGGCCAAGUACUUCAGCGGAGAGAAAUAUGGUUCGGGACGCCCAGAUGCGUCCGGGGCGAAGGCUUCCAAGGGAGCAUCAAAGCGAGGAGAGUCAGCGCUUCACACCAGCAGGGUGAUGACAACAGUUACCGGUCGUGGCACAAAAUAUCCCUACGACCCACACGGAGAUACGGGCAGCGACAAGAGCAUUCUCGAGGCUACGACAGAGCCAGGCAAGAUCAUGCAAACUCAAGAGAUCCGCUUAAGUUACCACGACAGAAGCGACAAUGACAGCAUGGGCUACGAAAUGGACGUUAUGGGUCGACGAUCAACUUAAGACAUGCAUGCUACUUGACGAGAAAGAUGAUUAAAAGAAUCCAAAAAAUUCGAGCGGAUUAGGCGCAACCGACUUCAUAAAGAACGAUCUCGUGCCCACGAAACAUGGCAACGGGCAUAUGACGACGUUAAAAUUAAUUUUUAGAAUACCAUCUUGUAUAUAUAGAUAUUUACGGCCGGCGCUAUGUGUAUGGAAGGGAACAUUGGUUUACCACCAUGGCCCAGUUCAUGUUGACUAUCCCAAAUUAGAUACCCGGAAUCGAUAAUUUUGCCAACAAC